AUAAAUAUCUAAUGCCGCGUCUCAAUUAGAAGUCAUCUUCAUCUUCCGCGCUCCUGACCUAGGGUUUCAUCCGAAUCCGAUACCUCAUUCCCCAACUCCACAUAUACAGACAAAAUCGAAAUAUAUGCAGCCGCCUAAUUGAGCUCAAUCGUCCUCUGUUCCUUCGUUAAUUUCAUCUUAUUAUAGAUUUCAGGAUUAGGGCAUCAAUUAUGAUUAUCUCUGUAAAAUCUCGAUUCACAUCGUCAUUCAAUGUUAUGCUUGUCAAUAAUCUCCGAGUUUUUGGCCCUGGUUUGAAUCCUUUUGCCCCAUAUUGCGUGGCCAAUCAUUCCUCUCGCUAAAUUUCCUGUCGUUCGAUCUUUCUGCGAAGAUAAUGUAAAAAGGAUCUUGCAAAAUUUCAGGUCUUUUGUCAAACGCUGUAUACAUUCACAUACGUUAUAUCUCCUGAAAUUUGAGGUGACCAUUUUGGGUAUAUGCGUGUGUCGUGGGUUCUGAUUUAUAGAGUUUGGGGGUACUAAAGGGAAAAUUUAGGAGUGGUAUACUCUGUGUUUUUGGUAUAAGACUUGUUUCCUUUCUUACAUACUUUGAUAAGUCUUUUUGUUUUAAGAUCUUGAGUUGUGAAAAAAUUGGUUGCGUUAGUGUUUGGAACUGUUGGGAAUUGAAUCAAAGUUUGCGGGUUGUUGCAUAUAACUAAGGGAUUGUCUUUUACUAACAAAAGAUAGAAAAUAGAAUUCCUAUAAUGCCAGAGUUUGAGGUGGAAUCUAUUAGGAGGAACCGGAAGAUGCUUAGGUCGGGAGGCGAUAGGGAUGAUCGAGGCUGGACCUUGCUACACAUCUAUGCUCGGAAAGGCGACCUUAGAGAGGUGAGGCGGCUUCUUAAUGAAGGAGUGGAUGUUAAUGUUGCUGCUUGGGGCCCAAAAUCGCAUGGUGUGACCCCUCUACAUCUUGCUGCUAAAGGGGGCCAUCUUAAGGUGAUGGAUGAGCUGUUAGAGCGUGGUGCUAAUAUCGAUGCUCGAACUAAGGGUGCAUGUGGCUGUGCGUAUAUUCUCUCAACUAUGAUAUCCAUUGUCAAUUGUCAUGUCUGCUUGCAUGUCACUUCAUCCUUGUUUUUAUUGGAUGCAGGGACCCCUCUUCACAAUGCAGCCAAAGAGAAAAAGAAGCGAGCAAUUAGAUUCCUGGUUGAAAAUGGGGCAUUUUUGCCUGAUGAUAUCAACGAUACAAGGUUCAAUCCUCCAACUCACUACUGUCCUGGUCUUGAAUGGGCUUAUGAAGAACUGAGGCGCUUACAGCAGGACAGCUCUUCAUCUGGCGAUACAUCAUGUAGCUCUGAUAACUGAGAUGUACCUGUUGGGCAUUGCUUCUACCAAUCAUGGCCUGGAGAGAGAAUUGGAUUCUUGGGGACUACCUUGCAUUUAUCACUUAUCUGACGCCCUAGUCGGUCUGCUUUUUGUUGUUCUUGUGACUACUCAAUGUCUGUUUCUCAUCUGUGAUGCCUGUGCCAAAUAUUGAAUGAGUGCUCUACCUCUAUAUCGUCGGUACCUUUGUUUGCUUGUGACGGGCGACUGUCACUAUCACUUUAUCUUUCAUCGCAUGUGUGUUUUGUUGCUAGUAUGAGUGUCGACCAGCCUUGAUGAUGUGAGGAGUUCUGCGAGAACCUCUCUUCUAUGGUAUGUAUUGUGGCAAUAUAAAUGGUUAUAUAUCAGACUUGUUUGAAAUA